UAAAGCACACCGAUCUGUUGAUAUUGUGUCACCGUGGUGGGCACUGAACCCUACCGAGUAUGAGUCAAAACCUCCCCAGGCCAAACAGGGUCAGAUCUUACUCCAUCUGUUGAUGCGUCUGCAGUCUCGGUCAGUCAGUUUGAGGGUGGUCAGUGAACUAACUAAUUCCUCAGAGCUCAAGGCACUCACUCAGAAUGGUGCGGAGGUGCAUUACCUGAACAUGACAGCCCUCACUAAAGGUCACAUCAACUCCUCCUUCUGGGUGGUGGACAGGAAACACAUGUACAUAGGAAGUGCUGGCAUGGAUUGGAGGUCACUGUCAACGAUGAAGGAGUUUGGCAUCAUUAUUUAUAACUGCACAUGUCUGGUGUUGGACCUGCACAGGAUAUUCAACCUCUACCGACAACUGCAGUAUAAAGAGUUUUUGCCAUCAAUUUGGUCCAAGAAACUGAACGCUCUAUAUAACAGAGACAAGAACCUUCAACUUCAUCUGAAUGGCACUGAAGCAAAAGCAUACAUUUCUGUGAGUUGAGUUAGAGAUGUUUUGCUUUUUCAUGUAACUGAAUUAGUGGA